ACUUCCGCUCCGCCGUUCCCACAAUGCAGUGCGGCUGAGCGCCUCGAAGCCCGCGGGGACGCUGCGGGGGGACCCCGGCUGAGGCGGCGGCGGCGACGUGGGCUGCGGCGGGCCCGCGGCGUCGGGCGGUGCGGAUGUCGGGCUGGGCGGACGAGCGCGGCGGCGAGGGAGACGGGCGCAUCUACGUGGGGAACCUUCCGACCGACGUGCGCGAGAAGGACCUGGAGGACUUGUUCUACAAGUACGGCCGCAUCCGCGAGAUCGAGCUCAAGAACCGGCACGGCCUCGUGCCCUUCGCCUUCGUGCGCUUCGAGGACCCCCGAGAUGCUGAAGAUGCAAUUUAUGGAAGGAAUGGUUAUGAUUAUGGCCAGUGUCGGCUUCGUGUGGAGUUCCCCAGGACUUAUGGCGGUCGGGGUGGGUGGCCCCGCGGUGGGAGGAAUGGGCCUCCUACAAGAAGAUCUGAUUUCCGAGUUCUUGUUUCAGGACUUCCGCCAUCAGGCAGCUGGCAGGACUUAAAGGAUCACAUGCGAGAAGCUGGGGACGUCUGUUAUGCAGAUGUGCAGAAGGAUGGAAUGGGCAUGGUUGAAUAUCUCAGAAAAGAAGACAUGGAAUACGCCCUGCGUAAACUGGAUGACACCAAAUUCCGCUCUCAUGAGGGUGAAACUUCCUACAUCCGAGUUUAUCCAGAGAGAAGCACCAGCUAUGGCUACUCACGGUCUCGGUCUGGGUCAAGGGGCCGUGACUCUCCAUACCAAAGCAGGGGUUCCCCACACUACUUCUCUCCCUUCAGGCCCUACUGAGACAGGUGAUGGGAAAUUUUUCUUUAUUUUUUAGGUGAACUGAGCUGCUUUGUGCUCAGAAUCUACAUUCCAGAUUGAUGAUUUAGUGUCUUAGGAAAUUUUUUUAAUUUUUUUUUAAGGAAAUAAAAUACAUAAUUUCUACCAGGGCCAUAUUGGCAGUGAAGCAUUUUAAACUGCAGAAAUUGUGGUUUUGGUUCAGAAAUAAGUUGUAUAUUUUUCACCCCUGAUUAUGGGAAAAAAAUCAGUGCUGUGUCUUUGUGGGUUGCUCUACUAUGGAGAUCAGCAGUUACUGUGACUGAGUCGGCCCAUUCUGUUUAGAAAUAUAUUUUAAACGUUUAGUAAUUGA